UUUGCGUGCCGCAGCCAGCCAGCGGUGUUCCGCCGUUCGCAGUCAGUGUCAGCCGACGGCUGUCUCGGAGAGGACGGGUCAUGAUGGUCCCGGCCGCGGUGCUGCUGCUCGGACUCGCGGUGUGCCGGGCAGAGUUCGCUCCCCCCACAGUGAAUAUCAGCCUGGAUGAAGAUCCACAAGUGCGGUGGGCUCCUCUACUGAAAGUGUUUGAUGUAGACUUCCUGAACAAAGCCGCCGCAGAGGUCAUUGACACCACAAUUCCAAAAUGGGUGCAUCAAGCAAUUACACCUAUUGUGAUGGCCUUGGAAAAGUAUGUUCCUCAGCCCUACGCUGGGGAGAUCCGUGGCAUGGCCUCACACUUGGGAGGAAGACUUUCAGAUGUCAUCCUUCUCAACUUUGCCUAUGAAGUAUCUGCAUUUUGCACUAGCAUCGUAGCUCAGGACAAAAAUGGGAACGUGUACCACGGCAGGAACCUUGAUUAUCCACAUUCUGUUCUGAGGAAUCUGACUGUCAACAUAGUUUUCCUCAAGAACGGAAAGGUGGCGUACCGUGGAACUUCAUUUGCUGGCUACGUUGGCCUGUGGACAGGACAGAGUCCUAACAAGUUUACUGUCUCUGGCGAUCAGCGAGGCAGUGAACACUGGUGGAACUGGUGGAAGAAUGUGGUGUCUGCUUUCCUCUAUCGGAGGUCUCCGGUGAGCUGGCUGGUCAGAGAGACGCUAGAGGAAGCGGAGAACUUUCAAGAUGCAGUGAUGCGCCUUUCCAAAAUCCCCAUCAUCACUGGAGUGUAUUAUAUUGUGGGAGGGGUGCGAGCAGGAGAAGGGGUGGUCAUCAGCAGAGACCGGACGGGCCCCGUUGAUAUCUGGCCACUGGAUCCCGUGAAUGGAGGAUGGUACAGGGUGGAGACGAACUAUGACCACUGGCUCCCUCCCCCAGCCAGGGAUCAUCGAAAAGAAGCAGCCGCCAAAGCACUAAAUGCUACUGGCCAAGAUCACAUCAACAUGGAGACACUUUAUCAGGUUUUGUCGCUGUAUCCAGUGUGUAAUGGAAUUACUGUUUACACGACAACAAUGAGUGCAGCUACCCCUGAGAAGUACAAUACACUUGUCAGGCCACAGGGCUGCCAACCGAACUGACCGGCAUUGAGCAGUCAACAAGUGUCCCUGUGUGUCUGAGUAUGUGGCGAUUGUAGAAUCAGUGAGUACGGAAGGGAAUUGGAAUCCAGCAUUUUGAGGGUGACAGUGCUGCCUCUAAUGAAAGAAAAUUUGUUGUGAUCAUUUUUGUCACCUCAUGUACCUGCAAUAUGAAUGUCAAGCUUAAUAAAAAUUUGGUUAUGAGUAA